AUGGAGACGGCACCGCUUACCUUGGCUCAUACCCAUGCACGGAAUGCAGUUCUGGAAACCCGGAAGUCAAACCCAGUUGCCGCAAGCGAGGAACAUGAUCUGGCUGCGGGCGAGUUUGCUGCAGCGGCCCAAAAAAGCUCAGACCGUGAAGCCCUGAGGACGCUACAGCUACUCGAGCAGCAUCAUAAAAGGCUCGCCCAGAUCUUGCGAUUUCAGCAUGAGAACCCGCCCGCCGCUGCCUCGAGUACACAACAAGCGACUGUAGAAUCAGGGGGAGCGAAGACAGAUACACAACAACACCCACCAAAGCUACUAGGCCAUGCUCGCCUACCGGCAAGGGAGACUUCCUCAAUCGCUAGUAAUUUGGCAUCGGCUCGAGGCAUCCCGUCACAACCACGCCGUGGCUCCCCAGUGUCACCUACAGUUUCCUCGCAGCAGGCUGGGGCGAAGAUGACAGAGGGACCGGCGAAGAUUAGGACCAGUGAGGCUAGAUUACGAGAAAGACAGGCCUAUGCGACUAAGGAACGUCCCAAUCGGACACCAUCUAAGCAGUCAUGGAACCCACCUGCAGCCAGCCCUACCGACAUCACCUCGCAACAGUUCGUACCUCCGGACGUCGAGUCAUCCCAUCACAAGGACAGACAAGCCACGUCCGAGGAGCCAUUUCAACGGUUCUAUUCCACCUUUGAAGGACUUAUUUCCAAGCUGUCCGCACCCUUGGCUUUCGCAGGCCUCCCUUUGGGGUCAGACACGUCGGAAAAGGCUGAAUCUAUCCGCAAAACGUCAGCAGAGACGAAGGUGGAUCGGCAACCUGCAGUUUCCGAUCGCCAGGGCCAAUUCGGGGACACCGAUAUCAACAAAAUAUUCUCACGCGCUGCAUUACAAGCUGUCCGAGAUUCAACGGGUGGCGGAACAGGAAGCGCGGCGGAAUCGUUCUACGUCGUGCCCACAACAGGCGGAACUGUUUCCUAUGCUGGAAUCUUGAGCAGGGCCGAGAAGGAAGCCCGAAGAAGUAGUUUCGACGAGGGCGACGAGGACUUCGUGGACGCCCGUGAGACACCGCCAUCACCCGAAAUGCGUCAGAGCAUGACGGGGAGCAAGGGCCGGGGCACUCGAGGCAAAGACAAACUUACCAGUAUGCAGAGCCCUAAGACUCUAGAGGAACUGCAGAUGGAAAACCAAGCUCUGAAACAUCUGACUGAUACACUGUCCAAACGUCUGCACAUGUGGGAGGUCAACGCGCAAUCAUCUUCCAUCGCUCUGCAGCAAUCCCUGAGGGCAAUGCAUCAUCAAAAUGGCCCAUCCCCAGAGCACUACCCUCAGCCUUCUCCUGCCGUCGCUUCACCUAUCGCUCCCCUCUCCACGCCAGCCGCAACAGAUCAAGAGCAACGCAUCAGAGAGCUCGAGGAACUAAUCCAGCAGAGCGAGAAAGAACUCGACAAGGUAGGUCGUGAGAACGACAAGCUACGAAACGUCCUGGGAAAGUACAGAGAUCGGUGGGAGAAGCUGAAGGAGGGUGCAAAAAGUCGGCGAGAGGGCAGGCCAACUGGAGAUAGGAACAGCUAUGCAGAGCCUAGCACGCCGGUCCGUACUGGCAGUACCAGCUCACAGAAAGCGAAUGAAACCACGCAAGUACAAGCCGAGGCUGGAACCGAAAAUGAUACCAACUCCAGCAAUGAACCUGAAAACAAAACCGACUCUUCUAACUGA